UGAUCUCCCCUUCUCCUCCCUACCCACCAGCCAAAUUCGACCGUUAGCGGGUCUCCUUCGUCUCCUCUCUCGCUGCCGUCCCGAUCGGAAUGGAGGGAGGAGGAGGGAGCCACUGCCGGAGCCGGGCCCUCCACCGGCCGUCGCCCUCCUUCCGUCUCCGGAGCCCCAGCCUCAACACCGUCCGCCUCCGCCGCAUCUUCGACCUUUUCGACCACAACGGCGACGGUGAGAUCACCGUCGACGAGCUCGCCCUCGCCCUCGACCGCCUCGGCCUCGGCGCCGACCGCGAUGAGAUCGCGUCCACCGUCGCCACGUACAUCCCCCUCGGGCGCGCCGGCCUCGCUUUCGACGACUUCGAGGCCCUCCACCGAUCCCUCGGCGACACCUUCUUCGGCGCUGCGGCCCCCGGCGACGAAGGGGCCGCGGCGGCAGAGGAGAAGGAGGAGCAGGACAUGAGGGAGGCGUUCCGGGUGUUCGACGAGGACGGCGACGGCUUCAUCUCGGCGGCUGAGCUCCAGGUGGUGCUGGCCAAGCUCGGCCUCCCGGAGGCGCGGAACAUCGCGAGAGUCCGCGAGAUGAUUUGCUCCGUCGAUCAGGACCGCGAUGGACGGGUGGAUUUCGGCGAGUUCAAGCACAUGAUGCAGGGCAUAUCCGUUAGGGGCGCCUGAUGGACGGUCCGUGAUACGUCCUCUUUUUUCCUGUUAUUAGUUUUUGCCUCGCUAUUUCCAUUCCCCGUUCCAAGCCAUCGCCUUUCUGCCGAUCAUGAGGUCAUGUCUCUGGAGAACGAGAGGGUGGAAUUAAUUAACAACCCUCCUAUUUUCUCUCUCUUUUUAAUGUAGUGUUGUUUUCUAAGUAGUUGUAUAUUGGAGUGUUUAAUUAACACUUUGACUUCGUCAAUAGGGAUGAAGGACAAUAUAAUUUGAAAGGAUAAUUCUCCAAGUAGACUCUCUUUGCAGGCUAAUGUUAUCGAAUUUUGUUUCUUUA